CAAAAAUGCUGACAACGUGCCCGCGCUUGGAUGGGCGGUAACGCGCAGAAGAAAACCUGCUGUGAAGAAAGAGACCGUGUCCUGUCAAGGUAGCGGAAAAAACUACCGCCAAAAGGAAGCAACCACCGCACUCUGUCAAAGCAGGGACGAGGGAGGACAGGAGGAGAGGAGACAGGGUGCUGCUGCUGCUUGAGGGACACUCGCACAUUGUUGCUAAAGUCGAGGAGGAAUGGCGAGUACGCCCGGUCGUUGCUUUUGAAUUUCCAGCCCCCAAACUCGUCUGAUUACUAAUCAUAAUUACAUCAUAAUCUAUAUGAUGAGAUGACAACCAUGGAUGCAGCCAUCUUAAACCAUCGACCGCCCCGUCUCCUGUGAUCCAUAGAGAAGAAUGGACAGUUGUUCCUAGCCGUCAUCGGAGCUAACCUAUUCAUUCCCCAACCACUGCUGCUAUUACGACAACGCCACGGGCCAUGGAGCUGCGGUGGGUGCUCUCCGUGUCCAUGUUGACGGUGUGCGUCGCCAUCCCCAUGGAUGCGGCGGCUGGGAGCCAUAGCCUGUUCACCUGCGAGCCCAUCACCUUGCGGAUGUGCCAAGGGUUGCCGUACAAUUCCACCUUCAUGCCCAAUGUGCUCAACCACUACGACCAGCAAACCGCCGCUCUCGCCAUGGAGCCGUUCCAUCCCAUGGUCAACCUGCAGUGCUCCCCCGAGCUCCGGAUGUUUCUGUGCGCCAUGUACGCGCCGGUGUGCACCGAGUACGGCCGCAUGACCCUGCCCUGCCGCCGACUGUGCCUGCAGGCCAAGAGCGACUGCUACAAGCUCAUGGACAUGUUUGGCGUCAGCUGGCCCGAGGAGAUGGACUGCAACAGGUUUCCAGACUGCGACGACCCCUACCCACGUCCAGUAGACCUCCUCUCCAGCAUGGACACCACCGAGCCGCCCAUCCCCGUCCAGCGGGACUACGGCUUCUGGUGCCCUCGCGAGCUGAAAAUCGACCCGGAGCUGGGCUACACCUUCAUGGGGGUCCGCGACUGCUCGCCCCCGUGCCCCAACAUGUACUUCACGCGCGAGGAGCUGACCUUCGCCCGCUACUUCAUCGGCGUGGUGUCCAUCGUAUGCCUCUCCGCCACCCUCUUCACCUUCCUCACCUUCCUCAUCGACGUGUCGCGCUUCCGCUACCCGGAGAGGCCCAUCAUCUUCUACGCCGUGUGCUACAUGAUGGUGUCCCUCAUGUUCUUCCUGGGCUUCCUGCUGGAGGACAGGGUGUCCUGUAACGCCGCCAUCCCCGGCCGCUUCCGAGCGUCCACUGUGACUCAGGGGUCCCAUAAUAAGGCGUGCACGCUUCUCUUCAUGGUGCUGUACUUCUUCACCAUGGCGGGCAGCGUCUGGUGGGUCAUCCUCACCAUCACCUGGUUCCUGGCCGCCGUGCCCAAGUGGGGCAGCGAGGCCAUCGAGAAGAAGGCCCUCCUCUUCCACGCCUGCGCCUGGGGCAUCCCCGGCGUCCUCACCGUCAGCCUCCUCGCCAUGAACAAGAUUGAGGGCGACAGCGUGAGCGGCGUUUGCUUCGUGGGUCUUUACAACCUGGCGGCCCUGCGCUGGUUCCUGCUGGCGCCACUCGGCGUGGACGUGGUGGUGGGCGUGGUGCUGCUGCUGGCGGGAAUCGCGGCCCUCAACCGCGUCCGCAUGGAGAUCCCCCUGGAGAAGGAGAACCAGGAGAAGCUGGUGAAGUUCAUGAUCCGCAUCGGCGUGUUCUCCGUCCUCUACCUGGUGCCCCUGCUCACCGUCCUGGCCUGCUACCUCUACGAGAACAGCCACCGCGCCGUCUGGGAGACCACCUGGGUGCAGGAGCGGUGUCGCCACUACCACAUCCCGUGUCCCUACCAGGUGGAGCGCAGCAGUCGUCCCGACUUGGCGCUCUUCCUGAUCAAGUACGUGAUGAUGCUGAUCGUGGGAAUCCCGUCCGUCUUCUGGGUGGGCAGCAAGAAGACGUGCUUCGAGUGGGCCAGCUUCUUCCACGGGAAAAGCCGCAAAGACGGGAUGGUGAAGGAGAGCCGGCAGAUCCUGCAGGAGCCCGACUUUGCCCAGCUGCUCCUGAGGGACCCCCACACGCCCAUCGUGAGGAAGUCGCGGGGCACGUCCACGCAGGGCACGUCCACCCACGCCUCCUCCACCCACCUGGCCAUGCUGGACGAGCCGCCCAGCGGCAGCACCAGCCGGGCCGGCUCGGUCCGCAGCGGGCGCUCCAAGAUGAGCAGCUACCACGGCAGCCUGCACCGCUCCCGGGACGGCAGAUACACGGCCUCCAGCUUCCGAGCCGCGGAGGACCACCCCGCCCCCUACGGGAGCAUGCCUCACCUCGACGACCCGUCCCAGUCCAGGCACUGCAGCACCAACCGCCUGGACGGCCUAUCCCGCCACGGCUCUGCCCAGAGACUGGAGAGCCAAUCGCGGCACAGCAGCAUCAGGGACCUAAGCGCCGCCCCACAAACCGUGCUGGGCGCGCCCGGAAACGGGAUCCACAGGGUUUUGGAGGAGGACACGGCCUGACCGCCAUGUGUGGAUCCGUGCCUUAAAACCUUCAGGAGUUUUUGGCGUCAGACUCGUACUUUUUGGGAAUGUUUUUUUUUUUUUUUCCAGCCGAUGAUGUCUCCAUCUUUCACGGAUCCACGGACUAGUUUGCCUUUUUUUGUGUGGAACAGCAGGAUGGACCCAAAUCCCUCCUUUCAGAACAUUUUCACGCUUGAAUGUUCGAGCGAAAGAAUUCUCCCGAAUAUUGGAGAGGAACAAAUCGGGGGAAUUAGGAAUAAAGGGCUGAAAAAGGGGAAUAGCUGAAUCCAAAACUGCCUUACAGCUUCAACAAUAGUCCAAUUCUAAAUAGUCUUUGCUUGUAUAAAAAAUGUCAAAAAGUUUUGGUGCGCAAAUUUUGUAUUUUUUUUUUGUUAAAUAAAUGACACACGCAAGCAUCCGUUGGUAACAGCCCUCCGCUUUAUUGAAAUACAUCGGAGUCGGGUAAAUAUGAGUGGUCCGCAUUGGCGUGGCAGCCGCUUUCCAUACAUUUUUCUUUUGACCUUAAAUAUUUUUUUUGUGCAAAAACAAUCUACAUCACCUGUAGUGGGUUAUCCUCGGUAAAACACCCAAACCGUUCAAAGGAGAAAGAAAAAAACAAACAAAAAAAAAAGAAACCAAAAACAAAACAAAAAAACCCAAAUGAUUACAUCUAGAACAUGCAAAACUGUACAAAUUAUUACAAAGCAAACCUAGAAAACGCCAAAGUGUUAUGAUAUGAAAGCAAAAAAAUAAUAGAGAAGGAAUCGGGGGAUAAGAACUCACUGAAAUGCAAAGGCAAUUUGUUUUGUUGAAUUUUCUGCCAUGGGGGGUGGAGUUGGGGGGGGGGGGUCGUACUGCUAACCGUCCUUUCAAUGAGAGAAUACAUUCCACACGUCAAAGCUAAAUUUGAAAGUCUGCUUACUUGCUGAUUUUUCAUUUAAAAAAAGAAAAAAACGGAAUUAGUGUCAGCUCAGUAACACGUGUACUCGUCGUGUACUGUAGUAGUGUAGUACUGCGGUAGUGUUUUAAGGACAAAAAAAAAAAACACGAUAAACUGGGUUUCUUUUGUUAUUGUGCAGGGCUAUGAAAAAUUACCAAUUAAAGAAACCUUAGUGUUGACAUUCUUUUUUUUUUUUAAACGAGCAGAUCAUCCUAACUUUCCAACAUCUUUGACAGAAGCAGGAACGUCUUGUUUACCAAACAUGAUCGCAGCGUAAAAAAACAUCACCUCGGUGUGUGUGUGUGUCCCAAAUGUGAACCAUACAGGAAGUAACGGGGUGGGGGGGGGGGUGGAAAGUGUCAAAGUAAAAAAAAAAAAAAAAAAUCUAAAA